AUGUUCUUUCUUUUACUUUCGAUACCAUUACUGAUGAGAUUCGGCAAUUUAUCCGCUACAGCUGUUAGUAACAUGCAUCUUCGUGAUGACAUCAACUUAAGCAACGUGAAUCAAAGACAUGCGCGUCUAAUUGGUCGGGAUCGCGCUGUGUUCAAGUACGUCGCAGAAGGAGAAGAGGAGGCCUCUAGUGAUUGCAUAUUGCUAAAAAUUAACUCGCUCAAAAGCGUUAGUUAUUUGAAAGGUUGGGCGGAUUUGUGGGCUGCAUUUAAUAACUAUUUGCACGAACAACGCGCUCUAUCUAUAAGCUUUAACGCAUUUAUUGAACAGAAUAAGCUAAAUAUUGAAAAAUUUAGUCGAGAUCUUAGAAAAAAUGGGAUUCUUAUUAAUAAAUCAGUGUCGGAAGAGACAUUUGAAAAAUUAGAACCAAUCGACAGUGGAAUUAGCACUGGGGAAGUAUCAAGCACAGGAGGAAGCACGAACACUUCGAUGACGGAUAUAAAUUUGAAAACUUCUGGUGGCAAACCAGCAACGCCCGCUGAAUUUAAGUCCUUUCGUUCGCGAAUACCGGUCCCAAAGAGCGGUUUUUCACCACGAACAUCCACUCCUUGUAUCAAAAACGCGCGAUUCCCUGCAACACCACCGGUUAGUCCAGUUUCUAGAACAGAAAAAUACUCAAGACGUGCAGAGCAUCCAGCGAAUAACUUAAGCCAUUUUCGUAUGCUAAAGCAAAAAAUUGAAUUUGUUUUAAAAUCUCUUCAGACUCAAAAGAAGCGUUCAACAGAUGAGCACACAAGACGUAGCUCGCUCAGCGAUGAUAGCACGACCGAUAACUCACAUCGUCAAAAUUCUGAUUCUAAUGUAUCAUCUAGACGGUUGUCACUGCCUACCCCAAUAAACAACAAUCAGAAUGUUGCAAUAUUAUAUGAUCAUUUAGAAUCGAUAAAAAAAGCUUUGAAAUCUGCCAUCGCGGAUUUUGAAGGCAUUAUCGCAUCUUUAAGUGGUUAAUACUGUCGUUGGAUAAAUGGGUCUUUCUUGGGAUUUAUUGCGAAAAUAUGUUUAGCAUAUCUGACAUAAAUCUAGAGAUGGUAGAUCUCAUGACCGAAUUGGCAACAAUAAAUGAUUAAAU